AUGCACUGCACAGGUGGCGCUUUAAAACAGCUCAUUCGUUUGCCUUUUAGUUCGCGUCUUCGUUUAGAUCAACUCACAUUUGUGACACAACAUGAGCGACGACGAGAGCCGCGGGAG